AUGUCCUACCAGGGCUCUGAGAAAAUGACGGGCACAUCGACGCCUGGGACGGAGUCGCCCGAGUUGCUGCCUGAACCAAAGCCUGACCACGGCUCCGAUUCCCCUUUCGGAUCCCCCAAACGCCGCCAAGACUCACAGAACAAUCCCAUACAGAUCCCCAAAAUCACGGCGGGCAUCUCCUUGACUGAAGACCCGGCCGUGCUGGCGCGUGGGCUCGAGGCCAAGUGCGUGGAUGAAUUCGGCAACGUCCUAGGCUGGGACGGUACCGUUCUGGGCCGUGUGGAGGGAGAUUUGCCGUCCAUGGUUGGAAGAUGCGUAUCCAGCGAUGGCAGAGUUCGUGACGGCGGCGGAGAUGUAGUGGGCAAUGUGUCUGAAAACUUCGUCAACCCAUCGACACCAAAAGAGGAUCGCGGCAGCAAGAGAUUGAAAAUAGACCACACGGGCAACAUCUACGACCACCACGGCGCGGUCGUCGGCAAGAUCAAAGACCACUCCGCCGAAAACAAGACGACCGCCGCCCAAGGUUGUGAGAGGUGCAGGGAGCGAGGGAGAAGUCAUAACUCGGCCCGAAACAACGGUGCCGGAGCGCAAGAGACCUCGCAGGAGGAGCCAGCAGAGGCUGCGACUGACGAUGUGCCUCGUGCGACGGCGACUCCAAGCCCAUCGGAUAUUUACCUGGAUGUCAAGUCUACACAUGACGGUAUCCAGUUGAUAAUCAAGAUACCUACAGUCUUCAAUCGGCCUCAUGAGAAGAAAUGA